AGCUUCGCCUGCCUCCAGUGGGCAAAACAUAUAUAAUUCCUUUACAACAAACUUCAGAUUAAUUUAAGAACCUAGAAUAGACACUUCAAGAUUGAUUUAUUUUAGAAACGCAAAGCCACUUGAACAAGCAAUACUCAAACAAAGGAUCAUGGUAUCAGAACACAACGAUUACGGCCACGGCUAUGCAGCUACCGAAGUUAGACAUCAUGAAUGGCGAACGGCCGAGAAUAGCAGCCCGCAUCUUAUCCCAAAGCUGCAGGCCAUUGUCAAAGAGAACCCAAAGAUUAAACUCCUCGACGUUGGUGCUGGCUCUGGUACGAUCUCUGCCUCUUUGGCAAAGUACAUGCCUGAAGGUGAAGUUACUGCCACCGACAUAUCCGAUGAGAUCCUUGUUCGAGCCAAGGAGUAUGCCGAAUCUCAGGGCGUUUCCAACAUUAAGUUUCAGCAAGCCAACGUGUUCAAGCUGCCUUUCCCAGACGCAGAAUUUGAUGUCACCCAUGCGCAUCAGGUCCUCUGUCAUUUGGAUGCACCGGUAGAUGCCAUCCGGGAAAUGCUCCGAGUUACUAAACCAGCGGGCACACUUUCUCUUCGCGAGAGUGACAUGCACAUGUGGUGCAUCUGGCCUGAACUUCCAGCCCUCCUCAAGUUCCAUGAGCUUCAGGUUAAGAACAUUUCUGGCAAGGGUGGACAAGACAAGGGAGGCCGUCAACUUCUCUCAUGGGCCCUGAAAGCUGGGGUUUCCCGUCGAGACAUUAUCUUGAGCUUUGGGACGUGGUGCUACAGUGCACCGGAGGACAAGAAAGCAUGGGGAUCAGCCAUGAAAGAUCGCUCGCUGACUGGCUUCGCGCGCGACAAGGCUAUUGAGAUGGGUAGUGCGACUGGUGAUGAGUUGGAUGAGAUGGCAAAGGCGUGGGAGGAGUGGAUUGAAACGGAUGACGCUUCGCUAGGUAUCAUGAAUGGCGAAGCAUUGAUCACCAAGAAAUAAAAGAAGAAGACGGAUUGAAGACCUUGUAGCAAUUAUAGAAUUAAUAGUCAUGGACUGAAUGAACAAGCAUCAUUUUGGAACACCAAAUCUCUAGCCGCCGUCCUUUUCUCUAUUCCUGAACUGCUAAC